CAGAUUCCGGGGGGCGUUCCCCAUCGAGCACGUUAGAUUGUUCUGGAAAGCCGGCCCUCCUUUCUUGCACGGCGCGGCGUGCUAGGGAACCACGAGCUGAUUCAUUGUGAGCUGGAAACCACCGUCUUGUGAGCGAUCCGCCGCCGCCAUGUCCGCCGUUAAAGCACUUAAUCCCAAGGCCGAGGUAGCCCGAGCACAGGCCGCCCUGUCUGUCAACAUCAGCGCCGCUCGGGGGCUGCAGGACGUGCUGCGUACCAACCUGGGGCCUAAAGGCACCAUGAAAAUGUGAGCAACGGGAAGGCCGCCGUGUGUCCGGCCCGGGAGAUAUAACUGGGUGAUAUGGGAGGGGAGAGCCUGGGGUGAAAAAUAUUACAAACACUCGAAUAAUCCCAAUGCUGUCUUAUUGGAGCUGCUCAUUGAGUGUAAGAUACUGGGUCUAGUCCAUGUAGCUGCUCAUUGAUUGUCAGCUCCUGGGUAUAGUCCAUGUAGCUGCUCAUUGAUUGUCAGCUCCUGGGUCUAGUCCAUGUAGCUGCUCAUUGAUUGUCAGCUCCUGGGUCCAGUCCAUGUAGCUGCUCAUUGAUUGUCAGCAUCUUGGUCCAGUCCAUGUAGCUGCUCAUUGAUUGUCAGCUUCUUGGUCCAGUCCAUGUAGCUGCUCAUUGAUUGUCAGCUCCUGGUUCUAGGUCACUGGUCUGUGGAGUAUGUUGGUGCCCUUUACAUACAAUGGGACAUUGGGAACAAAGGAGUGGGGAUUACAAUACACCUGAUCUAAACUGACUGAAGACUAUCAUUAACCAGGCACAGCUCCUCCAGCUUUUCUAUGUAACUGUAAAUACUAGUUGAACCAUCCUUGUAAUAUACUGGACCCUGGACAGCCUUAAAUGGUAACAGGGUAUUGGUGGCCUUGUGUCUUGCUUGAUUUAUGUUGACUUGUUAGAACUUGAGACCAGACGGUGCUUAGCAUGGACUGCCUGAUCCCCAUUUUGAAGAGGAACCCUACGUUGGGGGACAUUUCUCCUUGCAAGAAAAUAAAAAUGCCAUGCGUUUAAAGCAGAUGUCUCUUUAUGGAGUCUUUGCAGAUUUUGCAGAGGUGCCUGAAGAUGACAUCUUCGGAAAGGGUCAGGUGGUUGUGGUGCUAUCAAAUGUAGGUUUUACAUGAGGCUGUCCCUCAUGGCUGCCCCACCUUUAUUCAGGGCAAGAUCUUCAGCUUCUGGCACGUUAGUGCUGUACUUGCGCAUGAGUGAGAUUUCAACACUGAAGUCUAUAGAGGAUACUGUGGAGACUCCAAAGAUUACUUUUUGCGAUAAGUGAGAUGAUGCCUUAAUCCCACAAUUUAUUAUGCGGUUGGACAAAAGUUGACUCCAGAGUUUUGGAAUUUUAUUGAAUUGUUUUCAUUUGCAUUGUUUUGGAAUUUCAUUUAAGUUCCAACACCGCAUUAGUAAUUCAUAUAGAUUAGAUUUUUAUGUGACCGCUGCUUUAAAGCCUUGUAGUGAAUCUCUGGUAAUGAAAUCCCAUAACUACCUUUAUAGCUUUUACUGGGAUAUGGUAAAAUUGAGCAAUUGCUAACAAAAUAAACCCAUGCUGUUGAAUUUAAUUCACAACACUGAUUACUCUGAUCUGCUUAUGAUAGAUGUACUUGAUAUUUCAUGCAAUCAGAUUUAUUUAGUAGUAAAUCACUUUGAGCGCCUAGUUGGACAGUUUUUACAAAACUUCAAAAAACAUACAGUCCAAGCUCUUUAUCAGAAAUUUGGUCACUCUUGUAACAGGAGUCAAGAACAGCUUGCACAUGUAAUGGAAUCACAAACAGUAAGUUACUAAACUAUACCAUUUGUUAGGGGGACAAAAAUGAAUAGCGCAUGUUUAAUGGAAAGGAAGCUGUAAAAUAAGCGCCCUGACUGCAAGAACUUUGUAUGCUUAUUUGAUUGGUUGUUCUGUGUUUCUUGUGUACCUUAUAAAGAAAAAAUAUAUAUAUUUAUAUGUGCUCUCAACGUAAUGUGAACAUAUUAAACCUCUUAGUCAUAUUAAAAGUGCUUAACUUGUGGGGGGGGUUUUUUCUGUGUUUUUCAGGUUGGUUUCUGGUGCUGGAGACAUCAAGCUUACCAAAGAUGGCAAUGUAUUACUUCAUGAAAUGGUGAGUGUGUCCUAGGCAGCCAGGUGAAGUAAUUUGUCCUGCAAUGGUUUUACCUAAUACAUUUGACUGUGUACAACCCUGUAUUCGCUAUGAAGGAUGGUAGUCAGGUGUUAUUUUGUUGCUCCUGCUGAAAAUUAUCCCUUACCAGAUUAUUGCGGGUUGCGGGUCCUUAUGUGACUGCAUGGAUGAAUUCUGCAUUAUCUUGCUGUAGUUUUUGCAGUCAGACACCAUGCUAAAUUAAUGUUCACUUGUGCUUUAACUGUCUUCAUGUUUUUGAAUGCCAGUUGAAAUAAGUUUGUGUACAGCUUUAAAUGUUUGUUCUACGCACCAUGACCGCUUCAGUAUGAAACACUUUAUAUAGAGAGUUUAACCUCCUCUGCUGCCGUAUGUGUAACUCCAGUUAUUAAGCAGCCCAGUAUAAGAGUUCCGUGUUGGCUUAUGUUAAUACUGUGCAACUUGUCAACCAUAGAAUUGCAUUCACUGGAUGAGAGCAGGCAGCUGACACUCUCAACCAAUGAAUGGUGACUAUUUGCUUCUGUAGCUCUGCAGAAACUGGAAAUGCUUCACCGGCGCUGGAAUGACCUUUUAAACCCGUUGGGGACCAAGGCAAGAGGGCAGGCCAUUAUUAGACGUUUUUACCCAUCAUGGGGGAACCAGGCUAGGGUACCUUCGGCAUUAUAACCAUUACAGCAGGCUGUAGAGGUUAUGAUGCUUGGAAUAACCCUUAAAACCAUUGCCUAAAGUUUUUUAAUUUCAACUAUUUAUCUAUUUUUAACCUAUAGUGUGUAUGUAUAUAUAUGUGUGUGUGUGUGUGUGUGUGUGUGUAUAUAUAUAUAUAUAUAUAUAUAUAUAUAUAUAUAUAUAUAUAUAUAUAUAUAUAUAUAUAUAUAUAUAUAUGUGUAUAUAUAUAUAUGUGUGUGUGUUUAAUCUAAGCUCCAUAAGUAGUACAUGCCAAAGACUGGUUAUGGUACGGUUAGGAUGCGAGUAGUGUCCUGCUUCUUAGUCAAACAAUUUUUAAACAGCUUCACUGAAAUUGGGAUGCCCAUAGACACAUGUUGGAAUUGCAAAUGCAAAAGUUUCACUGCUCCUUCAGCAACAUGAAUUUCAUCCAUAUUUUGAUAACUUUGGCUGAUGUCCUCAGUUGAAAACCUCAGUUUGAAUCCAAAGUGAAUUCAAAGUGCUGUGAGGUUUUUAUGCAGAUGAAAUCAUUAUGGAAAUGCUAAACUGAUUGAAACUUUAAAGGGCCACUCUAGUCAACAGAACUACAGCUUAAUGUAGUUGUACUGGUGUCUACUGCCUCUCCCUGCAGGCAUUUUAAUGUAAAUGCGGCCUUUUCAGAGAAACUAACAUUGUCUACAUUGCUGCCUAUAGACACCUCUAGUGGCAGUCACUGAGAUGGCCUCUAGAGGUACUUCCUAGGUUUGUGCUGCACAACUUCACAUGGAGCUGCUGAACGUUCCUCAUAGAGAUGCAUUGAUUAAUUGGGGUUUAACAGUUUGUGAACGGCCCUGUGGUCCUUUAAGUAGCUUCCACAAGUAUAUUUAUUUUUUUGGCUAGCUUUGGUGAUAGCUGAUGGGAACAGGCACCCUGUGAAGCAUAAUACCAUAGGUAUCCCGUUGCCCUUGGCUGAGAUGUGGAGCUACUUGCGGAAUCUUCCAUAGAUUUGUGUUUUAAACUCAUCCGCAUGCCGGCUAGUGGCAGACCAAGCUACCUGUAGAUUGAAAAUAAGCAUUGCAUUGCUAAGGAGUGUUUAUAUCUACUUUACCUGUCUCUCAUAUAUCUCUCAUAUGUUAGAUGUAAAAGUAGCUAAACCGUUAGUCCACAAAGCAGUAGGUUGAAACGUUUGAAAUCUUAUAACCUAAAGCAUUGGUAAGCUUUUUUGCAAUUGAUUUGUGUUAGUAUUUGUAAUUGUUCUUCAUUUAAGAAUAACAUAAUAAAACACUGAAGGGCACAUAAUAUCUUGAUUUACUUGGUAGUAUGGGCACUAUAAUAAAAAUGUGUGUAUAUUUAACAGUGUCGUUUUUUUAUAUAUUUUAAAGCAAAUUCAACAUCCGACAGCCUCUCUGAUUGCUAAAGUUGCCACCGCCCAGGAUGAUAUUACUGGUGAUGGAACAACGUCCAAUGUCCUGAUCAUUGGAGAGCUUCUGAAGCAAGCGGAUCUGUACAUUUCAGAGGUAUCCUGAAUACCAUAGUAAAUAUGUACUAAAAACUCCGUUACAGUAAAAACUACAAAUGCAAGUAAACAAAAUAGUCAGUUCAGAGUAGAUUAGCCAAAUUGGUGCCCUCUGGGACGUAAUUGUGUACUGCAAACCAGUAAUUGGAAAUCUGGAUGGAUUAUAACCACAAAUCAAAGUCGCUACAGAGGAAUAGAGGCUCAUUGGUAGAAGAUUGUGAUGAUAUCUAACCAAAAAGAAGCUUCAGGCACUCACUGGGUUCACAUGCAGUUUUAUUGCAUUAUAUCUCAAAGAGCAACGUUUCGACCUUAACAACUGAAGUUUUCAAGUGAACACCACAUAAAAGCUUACACACACAGUGUAUAAUGAAUUAAUGUUAACGAUCAUUCCAAUUAUUGGAGGAUUAGUGACAGGCAAUAAGGCAUGGUAGCAGAACACAAAAUAAUUUUUUUUUGUAACACAAAUAUGUGCAUCCAGAGGGUGGAAUGCAAGAGGUGAACUGCCUCCAUCAAAGCAUGUAUGUGUGGACUCCACGUAACAUGGGUACGUAACAAGAGCAAAACACCAAUAUAAAAAAAAGCUUGGAGAUAGGGCAUGUGCUUUUUUUUAUUUUUUUUGGUUUAAAAAGUACAUAAAACUUUUUUAUAUAUUUUUAAUAUAUAGUUUCAUAAUGAAAAAUUGCACAUAUUAUUAUUGAAGUGGGCAUGGGGCUUGGUGUAACCUUUCAAAUUUAUCUUUUUUCUUCUUCUUCUUCUUAGGGUCUUCAUCCGAGAAUUGUGACUGAAGGAUUUGAGGCAGCAAAGGGAAAAGCACUUCAAGUGUUGGAACAAGUUAAAGUGUCCAAGGAAAUGGACAGAGAAACCCUCAUUCAUGUGGCACGAACUUCAUUGAGAACAAAAGUUCAUGCUGAGCUUGCUGAUGUUUUGACAGAGGUAGGUUAGUUCAAUCAUAUCUGUUUUCUUUUAUAAACCAAUUAUUUUUGCUUUCCUGUUUAUGAAAAAAUAUUCCAUAUGUGUCACUGCUUGCCACUUUUGUGCAGAAGAGUUUAUCAUAUAUCGCUAUUAAUCUGCAGGAGUGAACAACUUUCCAUUUACUCAUGAGUUGAUUUUAUUUCUUAUUUUGUUUAAGGAGCCUUUACUCUUUGUUAAACACCUUAUGUCCCAGAGCACACAAUGCUCAGUUAACAAUUGUUUUAUUAAAAUAUGAAAUAUAGUAAGUACUACAAUAAAUGUUUGCCAUAUUGUUUAGGAACACUAUAGGGUCAGGAAUACAAACGUGCCACUCGAGGUGUCCAUAUAGAGCAAUAGAAACACUUCUGAAAAGCCAUUGUUUACAUGAAAAUACCUGCAUGGACAGAGUACACACCAGAACUAGAUUAAUUUGUAGUAGUUCUACAGUGUCCUUUUAAGGUGCUGUUAUAGAGCAAUAUAAUUUAUGAGCUAAAGUGAGAGUAUCUUUCAAGUAAUCUUAAAAAAAAAAAAACACCUUUUCUUUGUCUUUUAUUAUAUUGCGUUGAUUUUGUGAAAAUCCUAUGUAAGGGGGGGGAGGGGAAUCUAUAAAAUAUGGACAUUUAAUGAAAAAUUGUAAUCCACGAGUUUGGAACAUCUAGUCUAGAACCCCGAAAAAUACUACUUGAAUUUUCUCCAAUUUGUUUAAUAUUUUAUUCCAGGCUGUUGUGGACUCUGUUUUGGCAAUAAGACAACCUAAUGAACCCAUUGACCUGAACAUGGUUGAAAUUAUGGAGAUGAAGCACAAAACCGAAAGUGACACAACGUGAGUAACUCUAGUGUCUCAAAGUCUCGCCACCCCUAGCCCUUUGCAGGACUAAGACUAGUUAUAGUGGCUUUCAGUCAGACAGCCAUUCGAGGCCGUUCCUGCAUACUAGAUUACUUUUGGUCGCCUAACUGAUGCUGGAUAUCCUCACACUCUGCAUGAGCACAUCCAGUGUCUGUAAAAUCCCUAUAGGAAAGCAUUGCAGCAAUGUUUUCUUAUAAGGCGGGACUAAUGCGCUCGCGAGUGGGUAAUGAAAUAGUUUUGGGGUAUUUUUUUUUUUUUCCAACUCUUUCCAAGCUUAAUUUAAAUUAAGGCCAACAUGGCUAUUUCAGCUGUUUUGGCUUAAAUUUUUGUAGGAAAUUCAGUUAUUUUCUGUGUCAUGGACGCCCAGCUGCAUGUGAGAAUCCUCAGUGUUUAAAAGCAGCAGUUAAUUGUAACCACUUAAUAUCCAUUGCUGCCACCCACGAGAAGAGUGUUUGAUUACAUGUUGUGACAUUGCUUCCAAAUUCCAAAUAAAAAUAUAUUGUAUAAAUGUUCAAACUGACAACUGGUCAAAAUUGCAAAAAAAAAAUACUAAUUGUUUUCAGACCUCGAAACAAGUUCAUAUUUAAUUUUUUACGACGUUCCAUGCUGUUCCCCGCUUUUAAUGGGCUUAAAAACCGUUGCGGCCGCAUGGAACACCGUGACUUCUUUGAGCCCCAGCUGUUUCCCUCUUCUCACCUCUGCCGCGAUCAGUGUUUGAAAGAGCGAGUGCACAUGGUCAUUAUAGCUGGCUUAGGAUCUGCCAGCAUGGGGACUGCCUCGGCUGUCAGGCAGUCCCCCUAAUGGUUAAAUAGGGAAAUAAAAACAUAUUGUGCAAAACCAAAAGCCCUAUAUUUGACUCUAGCUUUUAAAUACCCCCUAAAACCUGUAGAUGGUGGGUAUUGUUAUAUUCGUUAAACAUUGAACACAAAUGUGUAUUUUAUUGCAGUAAAAGCCACCAGUAUUAUGACCUUCAUGGUUAAUGUUCCAUGCAGAACUAAGAAAAUAUCAAAAUUUCUUACUUUGUCUUAAUUUUUAUUUUAUUCAUAUUAAAAAAUUAAAUUUUAUUUCUAAAUAUUUGAUGUAAAAUGAAACUCCUAUGUCUCUUAAACAAAAUGAUAUAUAAAUGUGUGGGUGCACUUAAUAUGUAAAUUAUAAUUGAACUGACAUAUAGCGCAAAUUCCAGUUUUUGUUUUGAUUAGAAAUUGAAUAAUUGGCUUUGUCCUUAAGGGGUUAAACACAAAAUGAAUGUUUUAACUAGGAAAGAGUUCAGAAUGCAGUAUGUGGUAAAAUAAAACUUUACACCAAAACAGCUUCAUUAAGCUAAAAUUGAUUUGGUGGCUAUAUUGUCCCUUUUACAGUAAAAACCUAUACUGUAAUCAUAAAUGUCAUCCAAGUUUUUUUUUUUUCCCUCCAAUUAGUACUACUGUAAAGUUUGUGUUGUGUGUUUAGCAAUGCCAACAUUGGCAAAUGUUGUCAAAAUGCGCAAAGCUUCCACAGUCAACUUCUAUCAAUUUGCCAGCUGUAGGAAAAGCUACCUUUGACUGGGAUUUUUUUGAUUGUUUAAUGUUUGCAUGGAUGAAUUCUGCAUUUUCUUGCUGUAGUUUCUGCAGUCAGACACCAUGCUAAAAUAAAUCUCAGCUGAGCGUUUUCAUAUGACAUACAAAUCAAUUGUAUGCACACGGAUAGCACAGCAGAGUACAAAUUAAUAGCAGUAUAACUAUAUACCUCAAAAUAGUGAUAUGGGAGGAAAGGAUACUGACAUUAUUCUGACUAUAGUCCUUCAAGUGUCACUUGCUGAAUGGGAGGGGAAACAUGCUUCACACACCUGCAUUUUUGUAGAAACCUAAACACAUUCACACAAACACAUUAACACACAACCCAUUUGUCCCUGUAUUCUCACACACAUCGACACUUGAUGUUGUAGAUGUAAAAAAAAAAAAAUUGCAUACAUUUUUGUAAUGCAUAACUUUUAGGCCUGGCUCAGAAGGUUAAGACAUAUGAAAAAUAAAAAAUCACAGGCUUUUGGGUUUUGACUUUUAUGAUGUUUCUAAUAAAGAUAUUCGAUCUAUUUUAGUAAAUCCGCUUACUAUUAUGGUCAUGACAACAGGUUUUAUUUGCCGCCCAAUAGGUUGAUUAGAGGCCUUGUCCUUGAUCAUGGAGCUCGUCACCCGGAUAUGAAGAAAAGAGUUGAAGAUGCAUUUAUUCUCACAUGUAACGUUUCGUUGGAGUAUGAAAAAACGUAGGUAGACUGUUAAUGAACUGUGAUCAUUUGUUGGCAGGGUUGAAUCAAUGUAAUUUCAUUUUGCAGCACUUCUUAAGAAGUUAUAUUGCAAGAAUAUGUGGUGGUCUCAUGUCUGUGUUCUUGUACAUCUUUGAACUGCCUCUUUAAAAAAAAAGUUUUAAAUUUUUUUUUAUAUAUAUAUAUUUUGUGUGUGUAUCUAUCUAUAUCUCUUCCAAAGAAAACCUGGAGCCAUUAUUUGGCAAAACGCACGCCAUGACAGUUCAGUGCAGUGGUUGGCAGUGAGAUCAGGGAUGAUGCUAUAAUUUGAUAUCAUAAUUUGAAUCAUUAGAUGGCCACCACGCAAUGAUUUUAGUUUGACUUUAAGUACCGGAUAGCUGUUGGUGUGUGUCUCUUUCUGUUUAUUUCCUACGGGUGAUCUGACUUAGAAGAAGAACGGGAGGGUUUAGAUUUUUUUUAAGGGGUGCCCAUGAAGGCACAUUAGGUGAUAUUCUCUUUAUAUGGUUUUCCUAUCUUUAUCGCUGUAUAUUUCUCUACCCUCCUUCUAGUACGUAGUGAUUAGAUUUUUUUUGUCUUAUUGUAAGCAGUACACCUUCCCUCUCCCAUUACACUGUUAUUCUAACAGCUACAUUAGACUUUAAUUUUUUGUUUUGUUUUAUCUCACUCCCUUUGUUUUCUAAGAUACUAUCAAACUUUGGCAGCUGACUUAGAAUUUUGGCUCUGGUUGCCAAAGUUGUUACAUUUAGAUAUUUAACUAUUAUCAUUUGUUUUGUUUUCAUUUUUUUUCCUCUACUUAUAGAUGAUUUGUUGGAUUACAAAGCCACAUUAUCAGAUAUACCUAGACAUAUUUGGUUUUAUACUUAAAUUAAUAAAGGUUAUGUAUUAAUGGUCUUAUGGGUUGCUGUCUAUUAUGGAAAGGUUAGGUUUGUGAGGUAUGAACUAUUGUUUGCCUCUGAUCCUUCCUUCCCACUCGCUCUCACGUGUAUAUAUUUAGGUGCAUUGUUUAACCUAUGAACUUCACUAAGGUUUUAUGUUUUGAUUUUAUUAGAGAGGUAAACUCUGGAUUCUUCUACAAAAGUGCACAAGAGCGUGAAAAACUGGUUAAAGCAGAAAGGACAUUUAUUGAAGAGAGGGUAAAAAAAAUUGUAGCCCUAAAACAAAAUGUGUGUGGAGAUACAGGCAAAAGCUUUGUUGUGAUUAAUCAAAAGGUAAGGUUAUGUCUGAAUUCUAUACAUUCAAUUAAAUGUGUGUGGAUCUCUAACAAUUUGUCUGAUACAGAUACACUGCCCUUUCUGCACAGGGAACACCCAAGUGUGCUAUGUAGCUCCCUUGGUUUUUAUCCUGUGCUAGAUUAAUGUCUGUCCUUUUUCCUCUGCGUUUGGGUGAGAUUUUGUUCUCCUGCACGUAUUCAGAAGUACAGUACACUGUGCCAUGGUCUGAUUCUAGAGCUCUUUAUUUCUUGGAGCUUAAAACUUUGUGUUUAAAAAAAUUAAUACGUUAAGUCAUAUUGAUCUCGGAUGAUCUCCUAGAAAUACAUUGUACGGUUAAAUGUGGAUCCUUUUUUGUAUUAUUCUUGAGUUCUCCAAAUUGUGGAUUAGCUUUUAAUCUUUUUAUUGAUUUCUUGUAUGUCAGAUCUUGAUAUAGUUCUGAGAAACAGAUUUUUUUUUUUUUCCUGUUCAUUUCACAUUUCACACACUUGCUGUUUCUGUGAAUGACUCCAUGUUUAAAACAGACUGUUGCAGUCUAAAAAAAUUUGGUCCCUAGUUUAUGGGGAUUUAACCCCUUAGCGACCGAGGACGGUUCAGGACCGUCAUCGGCAUUUUUGCCUUGAGGACCGAUGACGGUCCUGAACCGUCCUAACGGUCUGGGGGUACUUACCUGAUCGCCGUCGUUCCCCCGGCGGCGAUCAGCGUGGCUCCGGUUGUGGGGAAACUGCCUGCAGCCCAGACAGUCUCCCCACGGCAGAUUAGGACCCCUGUGGCCAUGUGAUCGCUUAACACAGCGAUCACAUGGUCACAAUAGGUGUCCAUAGUGCUGCCUGCAGGGGGACUGCCUGUGCUGACAGGCAGUCUCCCUGCUAGUGUAAAAUCAAAAAAUAAAUUAAAGUUAAUGUUAAUAAAAAAAAAUAAUAAUUAUAUAGGUGUAUAUAUGAUAUAUAGACCUAUAUUAUAUUUAUAUAAUAUAGGUCUAUAUAUCAUAUAUAUAAUGUCAUACUAAGUGUAUUUUUAUAUUAAUAUGUACUUAUAUUAAUAUAAAAAUACACUUAUAAUUAAAUUACACACGUGUAUAUAUAAUAUAUAUAAUAACUAUAUAUAUUGUAUAUAUAUAUUAUUAUAAAAUAUAAAUAAUAAGUAAUUUAAAUUAAAUAUUUUUUUUAAAAUAAUAAAAAUUAAAAAAAAAAUUAUAUAUCUAUAUGAAAUUUUAUUCUAACUGUAUUUUAAAAUUAAUAUAUAUUUAUAUCAAAAUACACUUAGAAUGAAUUUGUAUAUAUAUCUAUGUAUAUAUAAAUAAAUAAAAAUACGAAAUAUACAUAUGUCCAUAUACAAAAUUACAUAAAUAAUUAUAUAAAUAUACACGUAGACUUAAACUAUAUAAAUAUGCAUAUAUAUUUAAAUUCUACGUGCGUAUUUAUGUAAUAUUUUUACAUAAUUCAGUAAUUUUAUUGCAAUUUGAGGGACCUGCCUGCCAACCCAGGCCGAAAUUCCAGAGAAUUUAAUUUGCUAGCACUGUAUUUUACCCUGUAACGUUCUACGACACCCUAAAACCUGUACAUGGGGGGUACUGUUUUACUCGGGAGACUUCGCUGAAUACAAAUAUUAGUGAUUCAGAACAGUAAAACAUAUCACAGCGAUGAUAUUGUCAGUGAAAGUUACUUUUUUUGCAUUUUUCACACACAAACAGCACUUUUACUGAUAUAAUUGUUGUGAUACGUUUUCCAGUUUUUAAACACUAAUAUUUGUGUUCAGCGAUGUCUCCCGAGUAAAACAGUACCCCCCAUGUACAGGUUUUAUAGUAUUUUUGAAAGUUACAAGGUCAAAUAUAUGGGUCAAAUAUUUUUACAUUGAAAAUGGCCAGGUUGGUUACGUUGCCUUUGAGAGCGUAUGGUAGCCCAGGAAUGAGAAUUACCCCCAUGAUGGCAUACCAUUUGCAAAAGAAGACAACCCAAGGUAUUGCAAAUGGGGUAUGUCCAGUCUUUUUUAGUAACCACUUGGUCACAAACACUGGCCAAAAUUAGCGUUCAAUUUAGUUUUUUUUACUUUUUUCACACACAAACAAAUAUGAAUUCUUACUUUGGCCAGUGUUUUCCACUAAGUGGCUACUAAAAAAGACUGGACAUACCCCAUAUUGAAUACCCUGGGUUGUCUACUUUAAAAAAAAUAUGUACAUGUGGGGUGUUAUUCAGAGAUUUAUGACAGAUAAUAGUGUUACAAUGUCACUAUUGAUAAAUUGUAAAAAUUUAUGUUUUGAAACCGCAAUAUUCUACUUGUACCUAUAGCCCUAUAACAUGCAAAAAAAAGCAUGUAAACACGGGGUAUUUUUAAACUCAGGACAAAAUUUUGAAUCUAUUUAGCAGUUUUUUUUAAUUCGCUUUUGUAGAUGAGUAAAAGAUUUUUCAAGUAAAAGUCAAAAAACAUGUAUUUUUUUCAAUUUUUCAUCAUAUUUUUUUAUUUUUUUUAAAAUUAAAAUACAUGAGAUUAUAUAAAUAAUGGUAUGUAAAGAAAGCCCCUUUUGUCCUGAAAAACAAUAUAUAAUUUGUAUGGGAACAGUAAAUGAGAGAGCGGAAAAUUCCAGCCAAACACAAACACCACAAAAGUGUAAAAAUAUGCCUGGUCGCAAAUGUACAACAUCGCAAAAACAGUCCAGUCCUUAAGGGGUUAAAAUGUGGAAAUAUAUAAAGUAUACUUCUUCCUUAACCCUUUCUGAGUGCCAUGAAACUUUUAGUAUCCACUUAUUCAUGAAAGGUUUUAUUUUAUUAUAGGGAAUAGACCCAUAUUCCUUGGAUGCCCUUGCCAAGGAAGGAAUUGUAGCACUUCGUAGAGCUAAGAGAAGAAAUAUGGAAAGGUUGGUAAAUGGGAAUUCUUAAUUAUUAUUUUUUUCUUUCUUUCUUUCGUGUUUUUUUUUUGGGGGUCUAUGAAGUGUUCUAAUUUAAAAAAAAAAAAAAAAUGUACUUUGAUUCUGUGUUCCUCCAGGUUAACAUUGGCUUGUGGUGGCAGUGCUAUGAACUCUGUGGACGACCUCACUCCUGAAUGCUUAGGACACGCAGGUCUUGUCUAUGAAUUCACAAUGGUAAGUGAUGUCUGUAGUAGUGUAGCCAUCCUGUAACCGUAGAUUGCUUUUAUGCAGUCUAUUUAAUUUGAGUACAGUCUAUACAGAUUUUACUAGUUUCUUCAAUAGGUAGAUAUCACUAACAUGCCAUGCACAUAACAUAUGUCACCUAUGGAUAUGAUCAUUUUAAAUAGCUGCUGUUCCAAUGCUACUUACUAUAUAUUGAUGUUCUAAUUUUCUGAUGUCUUGACUUUCUAGGGUGAAGAAAAGUUCACAUUUAUUGAGCAGUGUGACAACCCACGCUCUGUGACACUGCUUGUGAAGGGGCCAAAUAAGCACACACUAACACAAAUUAAAGAUGCUAUAAGAGAUGGGCUCCGGGCUGUCAAAAAUGCCAUUGAAGAUGGUAAGACUUGGUGGCACUAAUGUGUGCAGUGAGGAAAUAUUUUGCCAGAAAAUUGUGAUUGUACUUGUAACAUAUUGUAGAGAAAAUGUCACUCACUACCUUUUGGAUGAAAAUCUGCCAUUCAUUUUUUUUUCUUUUUUUUUCUUCCUUCCUAUGGAUAGGUUCAGUCGUAGCAGGUGCAGGAGCACUAGAAGUGGCAAUAGCUGAUGCUCUUGUCAAGCACAAGACCAGUGUAAAGGGGCGAGCCCAGCUUGGUGUGCAGGCUUUUGCUGAUGCUCUCCUUAUCAUUCCUAAGGUAUUUUUUUUUUUUUUUCUUCAUUUUUAUUUUAAGAUGGACUUGUUUGUUUUUGGAAUAAAAUUUAAAAUGUUGAAGUAUUAACUGAGAAUUCAAAAGUGAAUUUCAUAUUUAAAGACAAAAUUUCCAAACGGGUUGGGGGAGGGAAAUCUCUAAUUUAGCUAUACUUCCAGUUUGGCAACUUUUAGUCUUUAAUGCAAAUUUAAUGUCCAUUCCAAAUUUAAGUGAGAAUUCAGAGGGUAUUUCAGGAUUUAAAAGGUUACUCCAACCACCAUGACCACUUCUGCAUUUAGAAGUGGUCAUGGUGGUUGGAGUUUGUAUGUGCAGCAUUUCUGCCUCAAAUGUUGUACAUCCAGAGCAAGCCAGCUAAGUUUUCCGUUUGGCUACCCUGGCCUUAAAUUUGAAAUGCACUUUAAAUUUUCACUUUAGGAAAUAACCCUAAUUAUAUCAUAUUUAGCUGUGUUCUAUGUGCUCUAAAUGGGACACUCCACAAAACCUCUAAAUCAAUAUAUAAGAUAUAAGAACUGUCGUAGCAAGCAAGGUGAUUGCAACUCACAUAGCUUUAAAUUUGAAAUUCACUUUGAAUUCCCAACAUUUCUCACUUUAGUAAAUAAAUAUGUGGUGAUCAAAGUGUUUUGUUUAAUUUUUUUGCUAAAGCAAUUCAAGAUAUUUUGUGUGAACGCACACAUUGUCGAGGUUGUGCUUUGCUCACAGUGUCUAAUAGAAUGUUCAAUUGUACUGUGCAGUUCUGAUUUGGAAACACUUUGCUAUUGUGGUUCUAAAUGAAGUCCGUAAAGAGAGAGAACAGGUUCUGGUUGGGAUAUGUGCACAGAGAACACCCCAAGCAUGCUCUGUAGCUCCCUUGGUUUUUAUUCUGUGCUAAAUUGAUAUCUGUCCUUUUACCUCUGCGUCCAGAUGAGUUUUUAUUCUUCUGCACGUAUUCAGAAGUACAGUACAUUGAAGUAAUUGUAUUUAUAUGUGUGUAUGUAUGAGGGAGUAAUCGACUUUACCAGAUGUAUCAUUUCCCUCUAAACUUAAUAAGCCUAACGCUGCUGUCCAGGAUGGAUGGAUUUACUCUUGAUUAUGGGGAGAACCUUAGUUUUUCAAGUUAACGGAUAUGGGCCUUGUGACACCUGUAAGUUUAUAGAAUCAUGCCCACUGUGAAGACCUGCAGAUUUUUUUUUUUUAAGGGUAUCUUAGGGUGCCUAAUGUAUGCCUUGCCUGCUUCCAUUGUUUAAGGUUCUUGCCCAAAAUUCUGGCUAUGACCCUCAAGAGACAUUAGUAAAACUGCAGACUGAAUAUACAGAAUCAGGACAACUUGUUGGUGUGGAUCUCAACACAGGUAAAAUUCAUAAGUAUUUUUAAACCGACUGAGGUUUUUUUUAUAUAUAUUUUUAUGUGUAGACCGUAUACUGUGUUCAGAAAGCAAAGUAAGGAUAUUAAGAUUUUAACUAGAUUACUGAGUCUAGUUUGAAAAGGGUUGAUUUGAAGUAUAACUCCCCCCCACACCCCCCAACUAAUGCAUUUAAAGUGCAGCUGUUACAUUUCAAUAUACUUCAUAUUGUAUUAGACAAAUUGUGAGAUAAUGUAUGUACUGUUUAUUUUUAGAGUAGUAUUUCAGAUUCUAUAUCUGCCAUCUACAUUGGGGUAUAAAGUAUAAUAAGUAAGCCACUCAAGGGAAGUGCUCAUGACUAUUAUUAUUACUGGUAUUUAUAUAUAGCGCUUUACAAUAUUAUCAAAGGGAGAUUUUUAACAAAUGACUGUUACAAAAACAUACAGGAACAAUAGGUUGAAGAGACCCUCCUCAAACGAGCUUACAUUCUAUAGGAGGUGUGAUGUAAAACCCAACAGGCCAGGAGGUAGCAAUCAAAGUUGAAGUGAAGCAGAGCUGGAGGAGAGAAUAGAGUGCUGCCCUUUAGGAGAGAGCAAGGGACCAGUAUGUGAGGUAGAGGUUACUCUGGGAGGUCAAAAGCUUUCCUAAAGAGAUGGGUUUUGAGGCACUUUUUAGAUGACUGAAGAUUAGGGGAGAGCUUGGUGGUCGUAGGCAGGCUAUUCCAAAGGACAGGAGCCACCUGCGAGAAGUCCUGCAAGCGUGAGUUGGCCGUAUUGGGUGCGAGCAGCGGACAGGAGAAGGUCAUGAGCGGAGAGACCGAGAAGGGGCAUACCUGCGGAUCAGUGAAGAGAUAUAGGAGGGGCUAGAAUCAGUCAGUGCUUAAUAGGUGUAGAUUAGUACCUUGAAUUAACUCCUAUAGGAUACAGGAAGCCAAUGAAAGGAAGAGUGACAAGAGAUUAUUGUGAUUCCAUGAGUUAACACACGGUGGGUUUGCGCAGGUGGGACCGGGAUUUGGAGAGACAUCACCAGCUGCUAAGAGCCGAAGGAUAGAAAGGAAGAGGUGGGAGUAGGAUUUAAAAGUUUUGUGUGUGUGUGUGUAUUUAGAGGUUUUGGAAAGGUAUAAGUAGAGUACAUGGGAUGAAUAGAGAGGGGAGGGGAAGUAAAGUGGGAGCAAUGAAAAUGGUGCCAGCAGGGACAGGUGAGCAGAGGGAUAGAGAUUUUGCUAAUUAGACAGGUGAGAGUGAAAGUAAAAGUAAAGAAUUAUAAGAGAGUGCUUUCUCGGAGGAGAAUAAAGGAGUUUAUAUUAUAAAGAAGGAAACUAGGAUUUUUAGUUUUGCAAAAUUAGAUGAGGUGAGAUCUUAAAGUCACAUGAGAGGGGUCAGGGGUUGCAGGUAGGGAGUGUGAUAGUUUAGCAGAUGAUUAGAGUUUGAGAGAUAUAAUUGGUAUGUUUGGAAAGUCAGGUAAUUUGUGCUAUCUAUAAAUGUAGUGAGUUCCUUGUGGUGGUGGGAAUCCACCCAAAAGAGCUACUUCUGCAUAAGGCUGUGAUUUAUCUUGGUAGCUGUGAGUUCUGGAAGCUAGUUAAUGUUCCGUUUGAGACCCAGGCUGCAAGAAAGGAUCUGGGUUAGAUCAAACAGCAUAUUAAGGGUGGGGAAGACACAGAUAUUGAGGGGAGAAAUGGCAGUUAAUGAGGAAAAGAAAAUAAAGAACAGAGGAGAAAGUAUGAGAUUUAAAGAUAUAAAAACCUCUAAAUCAAUAUAUAAGAACUGUCAUAGCAAGCGAGGUGAUUGCAACUUACAUAGCUUUAAAUUUGAAAUUCACUUUGAAUUCCCAACAUUUCUCACUUUAGUAAAUAAAUGUGUCACUUGUCACAUAAAACUGUAAAACAAUAGCACCUAUUGAAUCCCAUUUGAUCUCUAAUGUUCAAAGUUUAUUUAAACUCAAUAAAAACAAAAAACUCCUCCUUUUUUUCCUAAUUUCCUUUGUUGUUGGUGCAGUAUUUUGAGAUAUUUUUAGAUAAGUAAUAUAAAUAUUUCAAAAAUUUAAUAAAUAAAUAAAAAUGUUUAAUUUUUUUUGCUAAAGCAAUUUAAGAUAUUUUGUGUGAACGCACGCAUUGUCGAGGUUGUGCUUUGCUCACAGUGUGUAAUAGAAUUUUCAACUGUACUGCGCAGUUCUCAUUUGGAAACACAUUGCCAUUGUGGUGCUAAAUGAAGUCCGUAAAGAGAGAGAACAGGUUCUGGUUGGGAUAUGUGCACAGAGAACACCCCAAGCAUGCUCUGUAGCUCCCUUGGUUUUUAUUCUGUGCUAAAUUGAUAUCUGUCCUUUUACCUCUGCGUCCAGAUGAGUUUUUAUUCUUCUGCACGUAUUCAGAAGUACAGUACAUUGAAGUAAUUGUAUUUAUAUGUGUGUAUGUAUGAGGGUAGGUCAUAAAUGGUGAAUAUAAAUUAAAAUGACAAUCAGCACAGUAACUCUAAACUAACAAAAAUAGGGGCAGGUCACAAAUGGUGGACAUAAAUUAACAAGACUAUUGACACAAUACUAAUAAAAUAAACAAUUAUCAAAACAAGGGUUGAGCAUGGAAGGUAGAACGUUAACAAUGAAGCAGUAAUAUUAUAGGGGAGAGAAGUAAAAAGAGAAACUAAGAAAUAUAAGAAUAAAAUAAGUGGUGCAGGUAUUCUUAGGUAGACCAUUCAAAAGAGCUACCUCUGCAUAAGGCUGUAGCUUGUCCUGGGAGCUAGUUAAUGUUCUGUUUGGGACACAGACUCUGCAUCCAUUUUGCAAUGUAAAAAGCAAUUUUCAGUGAACAUUGCUAUUGACAUAUGGUAAAGCCUACCUUUUUGUCUUUUAAAGGUGAACCAAUGGUUUCUGCAGAAGCAGGUGUCUGGGACAACUAUAAUGUUAAGAAGCAGCUUCUCCAUUCCUGGUAAGUGUAAAUCCACUAGGAAUAUUUUCCCAUAUGUCUGUUUUGGAUGUGGUUUUUUAUUUUAUUUUUUGUACAGAUGGUUUCUUUAAUGACUAUAAUGUUCUAGUUAAAAGAUUACUAAAUAAAGACCAGAUUUGUAAAUAAAUCUCAACAUUUGAUUACAGAAGCCAACUGUUCAUAUUCUGUUUAGUUAUAUUUUGGUUCUAUUGACCAGGAAUAUUGCUGAGAGCUGUAGAAAACUUUAGAGCAGAUUAAUGUCAGUCUUUCCUUUAAAUAAACCCUACCAUUUAAAAAAAAAAAAAGGUACAGUAAUAGUGAUCAUUUUACACUCGUCUGAUACAAGUUGAAGCUCAACCACUAACCUCUACAGCUAUUAAAGAAGAAUGGUGGUGCAGUGCGCUGGCUGCCAUCUAGUACAAUAAGUUAGUGUUACUCAGAGCACCAUGACCACUUCACUGAUUUGGAAUAAGCCAGAAACUCUGCUCUGUGCUAUGCCAUGCUGACACUCAGCCAAUGAAGUGGCUCUGCGUUGCUGGGUAUAGAACUGGGGAGAGAAAAGGGCUGUAGAGGUUAUGGUGCCAGUAAAGGUGAAGAAGUGGCAAUUUUGUCUGAAGGUCCCAGAAAAUUAAAAUUACAAUCAGUCUCAGCAGCCAACAGAUAUCCAUACAAAUUAUGAAGAAAAAAAUCAUACAAUAACUUUUGAAACAGGACACAUUUGGAAAUAUGGAAAUACAAAUUAAACCACUUGCUAGAUUUUAAACAGUUUGGGGUAAAAUAUUAAAAUUCAUAAUGGGGAAAAAAAAGUAACAACCAUAGUCUUCAAAAGUCAGGAACAAUCACAUUUGUAUGGUUUUACAUAUGCUUUCUGUUUUGUUUGGUCUUUCUGAAACCAUCUUCUAUAUUAUGUUUCAGCACUGUGAUCGCAAGCAAUAUUCUCCUGGUGGAUGAGAUCAUGAGAGCAGGGAUGUCUUCUUUGAAAGGAUAAACCUAGGACCUACCAUACAUGCAUUCAAUUGCUGCUUCUUUUGAUUUACUGAAUAUAUGGUUCCAACAAAACUGUCACUUGUCACUUAAAACUGUAAAACAAUAGCACCUAUUGAAUCCCAUUUGAUCUCUAAUGUUCAAAGUUUAUUUAUUUUCUUUUUUUUUUCUUUUUUAUGGCACUGAUGUACAAAUUGACCCAGCAGUCUUUGUACUCAAUAAAAACAAAAAACUCCUCCUUUUUUUUUCCUAAUUUCCUUUGUUGCUGGGGCAGUAUUUUGAGAUAUUUUUAGAUAAGUAAUAUAAAUAUUUCAAAAAUGUAAUUUAUGUAUACCCACAGGUUUUACAUGCAUUAUUAGUGUGGUAGAAAGUAAUUUUACUGUUGAGAUUUAUUCUCACAGGAAAUUACCAUUCACUACCCUGACUAUACACAAAUAUUUUAUUUUCCCACACCGAGCCAUAUUAUAUUAUCUGAUCAAUUUUAAUAAACCUACAUUUAUAAACCUAAAUAGAAUGUCGUUUAGUUUCAGGCUCAGACUUAAAUAUGCAAACAUGUAGCUAUAGGAAGAGCUCAACUGAAAAUGGGUAGCAUGUAUGUGGUAUAAAAAGUACAGGGUGCUCUUUAAGAUAAAAGAUCCGUUCCCACACCGGAUAUAUACAUAGAAUAGAAAGUGUUUAUUCAUGCAUAAAGAGUACAUCAAAAUAUCUUGACAGAAAGAAACCUUCCUCUUGGGGACCUCUCACCGAUUGAUCUAUAUUCCCACUUAUAUAUCCUAUAGAUUGAGACUAAUAUUCAUAUGUGUGAAAUCCUCUGCCCAAUACUGGGAGUUACCUCCGGGUUUCUAUGCCGUCAUUGCGUAUGGGCGUGACCACAUGUUCCAGUGGUGCAGAGUAACUACCGGAGAAUGAAGUGGCCAAAAUUAUUGUAAAUCAAAGGGGAAAAUCCUUCUAAUGCAUAACAGCUAUUUAAAGAUCAAACGAAUGGUACAUUCUAUAUAAACUGUAGCACACCAUAUGGGCAUUGUGUAUAUGCAGAAUGUCAGAUAUAUAUAGAUUAUAUAUAUAUAUAUUGCAGUCUAAACCAGAUUACCUCAGAAUUUAGGCCAACACUAUUAUACCCAAUACCCCACAUUAUAAUAAAUUAAUAGUACACAGUGUUGGACAAUAUGAUGCAUAACAUAAUUUCAGCAAAUUACAUAUUUUACACACUCUUCAAUAACACACCAUUACAGGAAAUAGUGGAAUAAACAAUAUUAGCAUGUAAUCAUAUAUGAAUAAUACACAUAUUAAAUAGUGAACAUAUGAGGCCCCAUAUAUAACACAUAAAAAUAAAUAAGAAUAAAAGGAAGAUAACAACAAAGGAGAGUGUGGGAUACCAGACCCAUGGCUUCCGGGGAAAUUCCCCUUGAUCCAUGGAUGUGUGCAUCAACACCCUCACAAAUAUAAAAAAUACAGCCAAAAAAUAUUGAUGUAAACCAAUCCCCAGUUAAUGGUAUGGGUACAUCAAAGAGUAUGUAUACAUGAGGAGCAAAAUAAAAUUUAACAAAUUGUCAUAUCCACUGUGAAUCUGUCGGUUUCUUUGUGGACUGAGCUUAAGCGACUCCCUAUUGCUCCAGAUAUUGCUG